CAAGCAUAUUUGUAUGCACGUAUAGUGGAGAGAGAUGGCAGAUUUGUUUAAAAAACAGGGAAAGCUAUACUGGAAAAGUAGGCCAAGUUACCCAGAAGAGCUUUUCCAAUUCAUUGCCUCCAAAACUCCCUCUCAUGACCUCGUUUGGGAUGUUGGCACCGGCAGCGGCCAGGCCGCUAGAUCUGUAGCUGCGAUUUACAAAAAUGUCAUAGCCACAGACACCAGCCAAGGUCAAUUGGAUUUUGCACCUAACCUCCCCAACGUGCAAUAUCGGUGUACUCCGCCCAAUAUGUCCUUAACUGAGCUCGAAAAUAUGGUAUCAGAACACACAAGCGUCGAUCUAGUGACCAUAGCUCAAGCCCUGCAUUGGUUCGAUCUUCCUACAUUCUACCAACAAGUCAAAUGGGUACUAAAAAAGCCCGAUGGAGUGAUUGCUGCCUGGACCUACACCAUGCCCGAAGUCAACGAUGGCGUUGACUCAAUUUUUCGACGAGUUUACUUUGUCGAUUCAAGGCCUUAUUGGGAUUCGGGUCGGAAUUUGGUGGUGGACAAGUAUAAGAGCAUCAAUUUCCCAUUUGAGCCAGUGGAUGGAGUUGAUCACACGGGACCAUUCGAGUUCAAAAUUGAGUGGUUGAUGGAUUUGAAAGACUAUCUUACGUACACGAGAUCGGGGUCAGCAUAUCAGACGGCUCACGAUAAGGGUGUUGAGCUCUUGACUGAGGAUGUGAUUGACGAAUUUAAAAGGGCUUGGAAUGAAGAUGGCAAUGGCCAAAUGGUCGUUAAGUUUCCUGUUUAUCUGAGGAUUGGCAAAGUGGGGAAUCUAAAUUGAAAGGCUAGCUAGUUCAUAUGUACUUGAAAUUGAAUAAUUUAGGGGAUGUUUGGAUCAGAGUGUUUACACACUGUUUUAUUUGUCUUUUGGAUUUGUUUUACUACCUUUCAAUUUCUCUGUGGACACACUAAAAGUCCAUAAAAAGGAUACAAAUUAAAUGUCAAGUAAAAAAGAUGAUUCAAAUAGGCCUUGCUGGCUGAUGAGAUAAGUUUGUUUGUUGCAGCAUUAAACGUGAAAUAUUGUAGCACAUCUAUCGAAUAAUUUUAGAAUUUCAU